UGAUAGCUUUUAAACAUUUAUUAAGAAUGAUUUUCUUUUGAUAGUUUAGAUUUAAAUAUUUCAUAAAAUUAAAGUUAAAGUGAGUAUUAAUCAUUAAUUUCUUAACAUGUGUAAUUUUCAAAUUGACCGUGUCUCCUCUUUCUUAACCCAACAAAAAUACCUUCUUCUUCCUAAAACAGAAACAACAUCGUAAAACGGCAGCCUAGGGUUAUCGCCUUUUCUCAAUUUCUCCAUGGACAAGAGCUCUAGCGAGAGACCCGCCGCGAAAAAGAGAUCAGCCACCAAAAGGAAGAAAAUUGAUUUGUUCGGCAGUGAUGCUGCUAUGGAAGCCUACUUGAAGAGUAGCAGAAUGCCCCGGGUUAGGAUCUCCGUUGAGGGAUACGACACUUCGGUUCCUCAGGAAGAUAUCAAGAAGGCGUUGACUGAUCACUUCGCUUCGUGCGGAGAAGUCUUUAAUAUUAUAUUCUCUCAAGGCCGUGUCGGACGUGCUUUUGUUAUUCUUCGCGGAGAUGGCGCAGAAGAGAAGGCGUUGCAACUUGAUGGAAGUGACGUGGGAGGAUGGAGUGCUCGUGUUAAGGUUACACCCGAAGAAGACGAGGAGACGAGACGUUAUCGAGCCACUCUUACUAGAGAGACACACGAGGACACAAGAUUUAGGUUUGGCAUUACCGUUGAGGGAUAUGACACUUCGGUUCCUGCGGAUGAGCUCAAGAGCACUUUGAUCAAGCAUUUCUCAUCUUGCGGAGAGAUCACACAUGUUUUUAUCAAUACUCUCGACAGGCGCUGCAACUUGAUGGAAGUGAAGUGGGAGGAUGGAAAAUAGGUGUUACUAUCGUAAUGAAAGCACGUUGUUAUAAUGACCCUACUCUCUAUGCCCGCGGCCCAAGUCGUUAUGGGUGCUGUGUCCCAGCUCAUUGUAUAAUGAUGGCUGCCGAGGUCCAUGAGAAGCUCAUGGAGUUUAAGAAGAUGAGGGGGUUGGUGUAGAUACAAUGCAACCUUUGUCUUUUUUUAAUUUUAUACUUAUUUUCUGAUCUGAAUUUCAUAUUGAGCCGUUUGUAUGUGGAUGAUUAGAAUAAUUAGCUCAAUAUAAUCAUUGACUUAGUAUUAUGAGCCGUAAGCUAGAUGAGUAAAAUAACACAAUACUUUUAUCAAGAAAAAUAUACAUAAAGAGACUCGAAUCCAUCUAUUAUUUGCCAAUUAUUUUUUGAGUUAAAAAGUCUAUGAAAUUUAAGAGUGAUAAACAACGCCUACUACUGUCUUGUGUUUAUAUAUAUUAUUGUUUGGCCAAUGUGAUUGAUAGAAAAUAGUUUUGUAGUAUUGGCUAGAUUUUGCUAGUUUCUUGUACCGCAAGAUAUCAAUUUUGAGUCUGAUUUGCAUUGGUGUUAGGUCAGAAAAGUUUAGCAUUGUUAAGAAAUCUCAGGGCUAAACCAUUCAACUCUGAUCAAAUACAAGGGUAAUUAGUGAGGUGCAGUUGAGUUAAUAUGAUGGGAGCAUUGGAUUUCUUAAGUUUGUGGGCUAAAUUACCAUUUGAGUCUUUUAAAUCAUGUCAUUUUUUAAAUACUGAA